GGGUUAGCGACAUGGCUUCUUUGUGCAGUUCGUCGUCGUUUCUCAUAUUGCUCUGUAAAAUAUUGCUUGUAAAUCAACCGUGAGCGCCGUUCGGACAUAUUUAUUUGUAGUUUUAAGGGCAGAAUCUCGCGAUAAGUGGUGGACUUGAUGAUCUCCGGGUGUGGAAAAGCGGUGAAAAGUUGUGCAGAAAAAUCGAGUGUGUCGACGGAAGGCUGAGUGCGAGCAGCAAAAGUUAUAGGAGAAGAAAAAAAAGUGUUGAGGCGCACACAGAGACGAAAGGCGAGGCAAAUAAAAAAGAGAUUGUGUGGUGUGUGUGCAAUCCCCCUGAUAAAAGACGGCAUCGUCGAGAUAAAAACACAAAGAAUUUCUUCGGGGCAAGAAAGAAGGAAAAUUCUCGGCGUGUGUGUGGUGCUCUGCCUUUGGAAAUGAAAGGUGAAGCGGCAGAUGUCUGUCAGAGGCUCACACCGAUUCUCUCCCCAGCAGUGUUUUUUGUGUUAUCGCAUUCGCCUUUUUAUUAUUAUUUCUCAAUCCGAGCGACUCUCUGUGUGCGGAGGAAGCUCUAAGUGUGCUCACCGCAGCGUUUCUGGGAAUAAUUCGUGGCUGUCAGUGCUGUGCCUUCAUUGCAAAGAUCCCACAUAAAAGUUCUCCCUGUCCGGAAGUUCCGGACAAAAAAAGCCACAUACGCGGAUCUUGUUGGUUCCAUUACAUUCAUCCCACUGUCCAGGUGAAGGAUAGAAAACAGAAGGAGUUUUAAAUUAACGGAGGAAGCUAAGGAGGAGGCUUCUGGAAGAAAGAAAAAAAGACUAAAAGAAGCCUGAUCCGCCUGAUCGCCUUGCGGAGUUCAUCGGCAACACAAUCACACGGGAAUCCGUCGCACACAUAUACGCAAACUCUGGCUGCCGUCAAUGUAAAAGAGAGGCAAGAAAGACAAAUAAAUCAUAGAAGAAAGAAGAGUGUCGAGCACUUCUCGGGAGUCUGGGUCUGCCUCAUGCAGAAGCAUCGCGCGCUGAGGGCAGAAACGAUCAAAAAUUCUUCUCUCUCCUAAAGAAACAUUAAAAGAAAAAAAAUCUCAUCGCGAGUGACUCAACGCUGUGCGUGGCUUCGGGAAGCGAUAAAAGAUUUGUGAUAAGUCCGAAGAUUCUGGGCGCGAGAGCAGCAAAAACUCGCUGGCUAAAUUGCCAAGAGACAAAGGAGCCAGCUCCCCUUGUUAAAUCCCACUGCAGAUGUCAGAAAUAUACUCACAAACAAGAGAAUCCCAAACUUAAUCAGCCAACAUACCCACACACAUGUGCAUCCCAUCUCCACGAGAGAAGUGAGAAUCUCAAGUUAGCAGCAGCAGUAUUCCCCAGAGACUUUACCCCAAAAGUCACACAUUGGGGCCUAAUUAAAUGUGUGUGUACCUAACCAGGUGAUGUAGAAACGACAAUGCUCCCAGGAUAAUCUCUCCUCCAUAUCUCCUGACAACCAACUCCCAGUGGAUCCAGGAAGAAGGAUUUAUAUAAAAAAAAACUUUAAUUUUUCCUCCCAUUCAAAACAAAAAUUCAGUGUUGAGUGUUUAAUUUUGUUUAAAUUUUAAUUGCAAAACAAUUUAUUUUAUCUCUGUGUUGUGAACAUCAAUUUCUUUUACAUUUUACCCUCUUAAGGAUAAUAAAAAGAUAAAAAAUCCCACAAAAGGGAGUCAAUAAAGAAGGAAUAUAAUAAAAGAAAAAGUGGUGUCUUAUGUGGAGAGUGGAAUUACGUAAAGGAGAACACACAAUUCAUCCAUUUUCGCGCAAUUAUAACUUUUCUUCAAUAGAGUGAAUUGAAUGAAGGAAAAAGAAGAAAAAAUAAAAGAGAGAAAAUCACCCGCAAAUAGCCCUCGGAGUGUGUUGUUUUCUUGGUGGAAAUUCGACCUAAAUAUUCUCGUAUGUGUGUGGAAAUUGAUUGUGUUAUGCUGCAGUGAAAAUGUGUAAUGUACCGCCAAAAUUCUACCAAGUGUGCCGCCUCUGUCUAUCGGUUGUGAGUGAUAAUGAGCUAAUUGAGUUGUCCAUAUACCCAGAGCCCCCUGCUGUGGACAGCUGGCCCAGGGGGCGGCCUGGGACCCCAUUGAAUGAUGUCACAGAUGGUGACGUGAAAGCCACAGCGGUGGAGGAUGAGGCAACUGAUACACGAAGGAGCAAUCACAGGGCGGCUGUGGAGGCAGCUGAACGUGAGGAGGGUGAGGAUUUAGUUACCAGAAAAACGGUGGUGGAAACAACCAACAACCGUGAUCAUCGUCCAGCCAAAUUUGAUCAUCGCAACCAGGAGGAUGGUGAUGUGCCGAUGAUUGAUGAGAAGGAUGAAGGAGAUUCACAUCAUCUCACCAAUGGUGGCUCACACGAUAUCCCCGAGAGAAUUUUCCAAUGUCUCUCAAUCACGAUAACUCCUGCUGAUGGAUUGCCCAAUGUUGUGUGUAGGAAAUGUCGUGAGCAAUUGGAUAUUUGUCAUCGAUUUCGUGAAGUGGCGCACAAAUCACACAAGAGUCUUGAGCAUUUUCUUCAGCUUACCACCAAAUUCGAGGGAAGUGCUCAGGAAGUGCUGGCCAAGUCAACGGCAAAACUGGAGGAACUUCUCACGAGUUCGAUGGUGGUGGCCACGGGUGAAGUGGCAAGAUCAGCGGAAGCAUCGUUACCAAUUCAUCAGCAGAUGAGACAACAGCACCAGAGACGUUCGAGUAAUAUGCCAACACAGCAAUCCCGGAUUGAUUCUGAGCGAACAGCUGUGGCGGCACUCACGGAGUUGAGCAAUAUGUCAUCAACAAAGUUGAAUGCUGUGUCCUCUUCCAGUAAUGUUUCGUCUGUCGUCGCGUCGUCAAUCACCGCCGUAUCGUCGCCAUUGACAUCAACGGCGUCCUCUGUUACCUCAAUCAUAAGCAAAAAUCAUUUGGAUCAUUUGGAGGCGAACUCCGUUUCGGUUAUCCCAUUGGAGAGCGGCGGCGGCGGCGGUGGUGGUGGGAAUAAGCGGCUAAUAAGUGAUGUGAAUCACAUAAAGAAUUUGUCGCAUCUACAGAAAUUAGAAACUGCCGCUGUUCUCAUGGAUAUUAGUAAGAAAGUUAUCAUUUCACCACCAAGCUCAAAUCCGCAGUCACCGAGUCAUCAUCAGCAGCAGCAGCAAUUCCAAAAUCACCUAAAACACCAGCAGCAACAGCCUAGUAUUACUUCUUCUGUGAUAAAGUCGCACGAUUUUAUUGGAAAUUCGCUUAAAAGAUCAAUGAGUCACGAGGAAAUUGAUUUAUCACUGAAACGCGUCAAGCUACCAUUGAAAUCAAUUCCUGAACCAUUUAUAGUAAAACAUGAGCAACUUGAUGAUGAAUAUCAUCAGCAAGAGGAGAAUAGCCUGAAUACCGAUUCAGGUGACGAUAGUUCCGAUCCGGGAAGACUUCAAGUGGAUAUUUCGUCAUCGCAAGAGGGUUUUGAUGAUAAUGAGAACUUUGAGGGGAAAAAGGGUACGGCUAAAGGGGCUGAGAGAGCAGCAGCUGCACAGGAUGGGGGUGCUGGAAAUUCCGAAAGGGAUGCAAAUGUCACAGAUCCCGCAACGACGCAACUUUGGCAGGUUCUGGCUCAAUCUUCGAUUAAUGGUGGAGGCAAUGAAGCAACUCAAUUGCUCAAGAGAAUGAUUAACAGCAGCAAAUCUUUGGGAUUUCCUCUCUCACUGGGCAUUACAGGAUCAUUAAGUGAUCAACCAAUUGCUCUCUUAAAGGAUAAAGUAAAUCAAAAAUCAUCGGGACGACGCAAACAAUCCUGCCCGAGUCGAACUCCGUUGGAGAAUACGUCAUCAGUGGAAACGCUGUGCGACAGUUCAUCAUUGCUUGCAGAGGCUGCAAAUGCCGCAGCUGCAAAUCUCGAAUUUGCCUCAGCAAAUAAUCCCACAUGGAUUAAUUAUUCCGACGAGAGAUCCAAAAACACCGCAGCGCAGUCGAAUAAUAAAAAUUUGAACAAUCAGAAAGAUAUGUCGUGUACCAACUGCGGUACACUAACCACGACAAUUUGGAGGAGAAAUAUACGCGGAGAGAUGGUUUGCAAUGCUUGUGGGUUGUAUUUCAAGCUACACGGAGUGAAUCGUCCUCAUACGAUGCGCCGAGACACCAUUCACACGCGCCGAAGGAGGCCACGUGGGGAUAAAUCCGUACGGAAAAAAUCAAAGCAGCAUGACGAUGGUGGGACUGUUGAUCAGGAACGCAUGGAACGGAUAUCGGAUCGGGGGAUCGGUGGCAGUGGCUCAGGUGCCAGUGGUACAUCAGAGGAUGCCCUGUGUGCCAAUCCCGACCUGCAAGCACUCAAUAAUCACAAUCUGCUAAUUGCCUUAGGUGGUGUGGCUCGAAGCUCAAAUGCUCACUUCACAAUGCCGCACUAUUCUCACUUCUUGCGUGCCUCUCAAAACUAUCCGGAUGUCACUGGUGGGGUAUCGGUGGCGGGUGCUGAUCUCGCAGCGGACGAUAGUGCGCCCGAAAAUGAUUUGGAUUCGUGCAACUUACCCCUGAACCUCGUGGCAACCCAACUGGGUGGAAGUGAUUCUUCGCAACACUGACUGAUGAUAAGUACAUGACAAUGAUUCUCUUUUUAUACACACUCUAUUCUCCUCAUCUAGAAUCUCUCUCUCUCCCUCCCUUUUUAUUUCUCUUUAAACUAUUUUUUUUUUUAUUUAAAAAAAAAGGAAAAGAAAAACCUUUUUUUUUUCUUAAGUUUGUCUAACAACGAAGUGCGUGAUGAUCAAGAAGGAAAAUAUGUAAUGAAAUGAAAAUCUGACAAAAAGGGCAUUUUCUCCCGUUUUCUCAAUAAUGAAAGGAAAUGAAAAGAACAACAAAUUCCUAAUAUUCUAUUAAAGGAAAAUGAAAGAAUCUAAAAAAAAAGAAAUCUCUGCAUGGAGAAGAACGUGGGUACAUUUUUAUCUCACAAACUUAAUAUUUAGAGAGAAGAACAAAAAAGAGAAAGAAAAAAUAAUAAACUCAUCCUUUCUAUUAUCUUAAAAAUACUCAAAUAAAGUCUCUGUGUUUUAUUAUUUUUUUUUGUGACUAUUUAAUAAAUUAUUUAGUCGUACUACUUGACAAUAUUUAAAUGAGAAAAUGAGGAAAUUUUUAAUUAAUGAAAAACUAUGAAAAUUCUUUAACGUAGCAAUAAAUGAAAACUUGAGGUAUUAGUUUUUUUUUAUUCUUAAAUUUAAUAAUUAUUUAAUUUUCAACGUCUCACAACUUUAAGUCUCCAAACUCUCUUAUUUUAAUUACCUUUUUUUUACAUACAAAUCUGCCGAGAGAAUAUUUAUUAAUAACAAAAGAAAUGUGAAGUAAAAGUUGCCCUAAAUAUUAGAUGAAAAAAAAAACAUGAAACAGGCUAUAAAAAACUAUUUAAUAAAAGAAAAUGGAAAAUGCAGAUUAUAUAUUGAUAGCACUGCGCAAAAAACUUUACUCUUCUGCCUAAGACUAAUGAAUUAUAUACUUAACAAAAGAAUAAUUUACAUUGUAAAGAAUUUUGGGUAAAAAGAAAACUUUCCAAAAUAUAAAGUAGCAUGUUUCUUCGAAAGAUUUAUUAUACAUUGAUAUGAAGAAAAAACUUAGAAUCCUAUACACACUAUACUGUUGAGAAAAAAAUGAGUGGAGAACUUUCUACAAAGCAUAAAAAAUUUUAAGAAGUCUCCACGAACAAAAAACAGAAGCAUAGAAUCAAUAGAAAUUUCAAAGGAAAAAAAGCCAACCGUUUCACAAGCAGAAAUGCAAAAAGGAAUUUUUCAAAAUAUUUACUCCAAAAUGAAAAUUAACUGAAGAAAAAUUAAAAAAAAAAACUUUUUCAAAUGAAGAAAUUCGUUAAACUCACGUAGAUUAUUUAUGUAGAGUUUUGUGAUAAUUUUUUCCAGAGUAUUUUCUCUCUCACACAAUCUCUGCAAUAGCCGCAAAAAUGCAAAAAGAAAAUGAAAUAAAAAAGGGAAAUAGGAUUAUACAAAAACAAAACAAAUAAUAUGUAUUGAAGCUACUUAAAAAAAAUAAACAGAAAAGAAACAAAAUAAAACAAAUACGUUGCAUUGAAGUAAAAAGAAAAUAAAUAAAUUAUUGCUCUACGGAAAGUCUCAAAAGAAAAAGAAAAUUAAAGGAAAUCUGUAGCAGGAAAGCAAAAAAAAAACUUAUAUUAUUAAUGAUUAAAAAUUAUAUAUUUAAUAUAUACAAGAAAAUCAAAAAAAAUCUGAUUAAAAAAAUACAUAAAGGUAUAUUAAAUGAGAAAAAAAGUAAAACAUAACGUUAAUAUUAAAAUCUUGCCUGUAGCAAAACAACCAAUUGUGAUAAGGAUGAAAUAAGAUGAUAGUGAAGAAAAAAAGGUUAAAAAAAUAUUAUUAAAAGUAAAUUAUUAAACAAGAAAAAAAAUAUGAUAAUUAUUCGCUUUUCUCCUCUUUACUAUCUAUUAUACAUUCAUUGAUUUAUUAAAAGAAAAAUGAAAAACAAACAAUACAAUAAAAACUUUGAUACUCAAAAUUAAUAAUGAAAUAUUUCGAAAGCAAUUUCGGAGAGAUUUGUGAAAAAUUCUAAGAAUGUCACGCGCAAAAUGAAGAUAGAAUUUUUUUGAAAGAUAAAAAAUAAAUUCUGCAAAAUGGAAUGAUGUUGAUAAGAGAAUAAGAAAAAAAAAGAUUUAUGAAUAUAUUUUUACACCAGUUUAGACGUUAUUCUAAAAUGAAAAAUAAAACUGAGAGAAACCAGAAGAAAAUAAAUAAAAAAACGCUAUCUUCUUCGUAGAAUUGUAAAAAGGAAAAAGAAAAGGAAUUUUAUCCUUGAAAGAAUUUCGUUGCAAUGCAAGAAAAAAUAUUAUUAAUAAAUAUUUCGAAAAUGUAAUAAAUUAAAAAUCUUCCUCUAUUUCCAAUAAAUUAAUAAAUAUAAAAUGAAAAUCUAUAAUAAGUUUAUACAUAGAAAUUCACAAUGUGAAUUAUUCGUCUAACCAUUUUCAUUAAGAAUUUUUAUUUAUUAUUCCUUUCACAAAUUCUUUUACAUUUUUCUUUCACGAGUCAGGAGAAAAUUCAAGGCUUUGUGACAAAAUUAGUGGGUUAAAAAAGCUUUUAUUUUUAUUACAUUAAAAGCUUAGUUUUCAAAUUCUUUUGAUUUCAAUGAUCUUUACUCAAAAAUCAAAACAUUGAACGAGUUCUUUUGAUGUUUUAUUGGUCUUCCUCAAUAGCAUGAAAAGAACUUAAAAAAAAUUACCUACUAAACUUUGUUUUCAACAGAUCAAAGUUCAGAGCAAAGGUUCAGCAUUAAAUUUGUUCACUGAAAAGUUCUUUUUAAUCACUAUUUUUGUCAUAAAGUUUAAUUUGAAUACAAAGUUUGAAACACAUUAAAGGAUGUCAUGCACAAUACAAGGGCGAAGUACCUAAUUGAAGGAAACGCAGAAAACAAUUUUAACCCACCCAGUCUUGUAGGGAAUCAAAAAAGGAUAAAGAAUCGCCAAAAAUAUUCACCAUUUUCCACUGGGGUCACAACGAAAAAAGGCAAUAAAGUUUUGUAAAAAUUCAAAAAAAUUGACCGCCAUUCGCCAUUUUGUUCAUUUCAAUGCAUGAAGCAUAUGUUUCAAUGCUUCGUCAAUAUGAGCUUGUCGAUGACAGUUUGACAUUUCAUUUUUUUUGGGAGAAAAUAAAAAAAAUUGCGUAUUUUUUAGUUUAAUUAUCGUGGUAAAUGUGUUUUACGUGUUGAUUGAGUGAUUUUUAUAUCUGAAUACCUGAAAAAAGAAUUCCCGCACAACCUGUGACCGUCUCAGCGAGCACACCAUUGGUCGUGGAAAAGGUCUUGGGAAAGGUGGUGCCAAGAAACAUCGUAAGGUUUUGCGUGACAUCAUCCAGGGAAUCACAAAACCAGCAAUCCAUCGUCUUGUCCGUCGUGGUGGUGUGAAACGCAAAGGAUUCCAGCGCAGAGGAUCUCUCAAUUCGUGAAAAAGCCAUCUUCAAGACGAUCCACGACCAAUGUUUUUGGAUUGCUUUGCUUUGUAACGAGAGAUGUGCUCGCUGAGACGGUCACAAACUGUGCGGGAAUUCAUCCUUCAGGUAUUCAGAUAUAAAAAUCACUCUUGAACAACACGUAAAACACAUUUACCACGAUAAUUAAAUUAAAAAAUACGCGAUUUUUUUUAUUUUCUCCCAAAAAAAAAUGAAUGAAAUGUCAAACUCUCAUAGACAAGCUCAUGACGAAGCAUUGAAACAUAUGAUUCAUGCAUUGAAAUGAACAAAAUGGCGAAUGGCGGCCAAUUUUUUUUGAAUUUUUACAAAACUUUAUUGCCUUUUUUCGUUGUGACCCCAGUGGAAAAUGGUGAAUAUUUUUGGCGAUUCUUUAUCCUUUUUUGAUUCCCUACAAGACUGAGUGGGUUAAAAUUGUUUUCUGCGUUUCCUUCAAUUAGGUACUUCGCCCUUGUAUUGUGCAUGACAUCCUUUGUUUUUUCACGUAGAAAAAAGUCACGAAAUAUAAAGUAAAAAAAAGCUCUCUAGCAGUGACAGUUACAAAGUUUUUAAAUGAAAAACAAAACAAAGUUAGAAAGCUCUGCAGUUGAACAUUUUCAAAAAGCUCUCAGUAUAUAAUAGCAAUUUUAAUCCGUAUAGGAACAGCAGUCACGUACUUAUUUGAGGUGAAAUAGUAUAGCAAAAGUAUUAAAUCUCACAAAUUUUUUCUCAUAAAAAAAAAGAUUUUAUUUCCUUUUCGUUGCAUGAACAAGUUUAAAGCAAAAAAAGAAGAUAAAAUUAAAAGUUAAAUAAACAAUAAAUUAAAAAAUGAAGCAAAUGCGAAAUUGAAUGAUACUCACGUUUUGUACUCUUUAUUUAUUUUUUGUAUUUUAUUUUUUUUGUACUUUUAAUACUAAUUUAAUUCUAUUUUUAAUUUUAUUCUUUGUUCCCUCCUCUUAAACUUUUUUUUAAUUGAUUUAAAUAUAAUUAUGAAUCAAAAGAAAGGAUUUUAAAGAAAACAAGAAUAUUUAAGAGCAACAAUUUGAUACGAUAAAUUAUGAAAUUAUUUUUUUUUACCUUUGCGUAUCACUAAUUUUAGUAUUUCUCCUUGUUUAAUUUUUUGAUGAAGAGGAAAGUUUGGAAGGGAUGCGGGAAAAUUAAUGGUAAGAACUGUUGGGCUCUCUAGAGAUGUUUCGAUGAAUUUUUUUGACUUCUUCAGGCUCUUAUGUCAUUUUUGAGAGCUUUUAAAGCAAAAAAAAUUACCGGAACGUCGCUGGAGAACCUAAAAGUGAUUGUCUUUGAUUUUUCUCGCCUUCUUUUGCAACUUUCCUUCUCAUCAAAUAACUACACAGUCGUAAAAAAAUCUUAGUUUAAUUUUUUGUGUAUUUAUCAUGUCCUCCGCGGUAUUAUGAAACUCAAAGUAAAUUUUUUCUAAUAUAAAUCUUACUUUUACGUCUUAAUUUAAUGAGAAAAGUCCUCAAAAAAUGUAUUUAAGUAGGACACAAUGGGAAGAAAUUCUUAACUAUUAUAUAAAAAAAACUAAAAUUAAUGGCACGACAAUAAUUCGUAGGAUCUCUUCUUAAUACACAAAGAAAGAAUAUUAAAAAAAAGGAAGGAUAAGGAAGUUUUUUUACACAAGAAAAAAAAUAUUGCGUGUAGAAGUGACGUGAAAAGUAUGAGAAGAAAAAACCUUUCAGCAGUAUUUUUUAUUUAAUUUAAUUUAAAGAGAAAGAAGUUUUUUUUAACUCAAUAAUAUUUAAAGAAAAAAAAGCUACUUUUAUGGUAAUUUCUACUACUUAUGUGUGUACUUAUUAAUGAUUUUUUUCUCUCUCUUGUACAAACUGAUCGUGAGAUAGUUUUUGUCGUUUUUUUUUCUUCAAAUUUUACAAAGAAAAUGAUUUUUAAAAAAAUGAAGUAAAUUUAACACAAUGACGAAAUGAUAUUUACCCAAUCCGUCUCUGCCUUGGCAUUAAUCUCCUUAACGUAAAAAAAACUUAUAUUAUAAAAAAUAUUAAAGAACAAAAUAAUAAACUAAAAAAAAGAUUUGAAUAGUUUAUAGAAUUAUCUUACAAUUAUUGCGUUGUAUUAUAGUUUUAUAUUGUGUCAAUACUUGUAAUUUAUUUAAGAUUAAAAAGAAAACCUAUAAAUUGACAAAAAAAGCAAAAUUAGUGUAUACUGAGCGAUAAAAGAAGGAAGAAUAAAGGAUUAGGCGCGGAAGGAAUAAAAGUUUGAAGGAGGAAUAAAAGAAGAAGAAACGAUGGAUGAUUACCAAUACCAGUAUAAUAAACAGGGUUAUUUGAUUUUAUUAUUAUUACUAUAAAUUAUGCUGAUUAGACAUUUAAAAUUUAAAAAGAAAAGAAAAGAAAAUGUAUUUAAAAAUGAGGAAAUCACAGAGAAAGUAAUAAUUUUAUUGUUUAUUUUUUCCACGCUAAAAAAGCGCGCGAAAUGUAUUAAGAUUAAAGAAGAAAAUUGUGUAUUAAUUUUAAAUGUUUAAUACGAUACCCGCACAUUUUUUUACACGUUUAAUUUUAAAUUCUCAAAAUGAGUUUUUUUUUAAAGUAAAAGAAAAACCCUAUAAUUUAAAAAAAAAAGUAAUAAUUCACACGUGAUUAACGACAUUUUACUGCUAACACGAUAUUUUUAUUUUCAAUAAAAUGAGAAUUUUAAAGUAAUACUCAA